AUGCGCCGGAAGAAGCGCGAACUCACUGUGAAGGAAAAGCUGCGGUUGCUGAGUGCGGCCAUGGCGGACUAUGAUAAUCAGGUGGCGGAGCUUUGCCCGUUCUUCGUGGAAAAUCCUGAACGCGACCGGGCCGAGCGGAGGCUCUCAGAGUUGCAAUGGGGCAUUGCCGACACUCCUGAGGGCAAGGAGAUGAAACAGCGCUGGAAGAUGGAUAGGUUGAGGAGGGCGCCGCAGCGGCAAUCCAGAGACAUUUCGAUUUCCUUGUCUCCCGGGAUGCGCCUCAUGCUCCGACCCUCGGGCUUGGGCAACUUUCAGCUCUUCUCCCGGCGCAAGGUUGGACCGACCAACAACCCCAACGAGGUUGCCUUCGGCAUCCACAAUGACGGCAAGGUCAUCGAUGUGUACAAUGACAAGCCAAAUCCACCCCGUCCGGAGCCUGGGAGUUGCUGUCCUUUACAAGACGUGGAAUAG